UGUGAGACUCGAAACGAAACGAAACUCUCGCGAGGGCUAAUGACUCAUUACUAAUAAGGGAGGAGUCGUGUUGAGUAAGUGACGCCAUUUCAAUUUACAAAUUCUGUUUACAAAUUUAUAUUAUUUUCAUUGACUGAAUCGAGUGAACCCAGUGCCACAUUAUUAUUAUUAUUCUUAAUAUAAUUUUUAACGCAUGUCUGAGUUCUGCGUUACGAUACAGAGUUUCAUUACCUUGGGACUCUUCUUUUCAUACGAUAAUUUUCAUCGUAACUGGAACACAAAAAUUAAGAUUAUACAUGCAGAUCAACAAAGAUAAUAAGAGCAAAAAUUUAAUAAAGCAAUUUUAGACAAAACAACAUGCUAUAAUGUUAGGUGCUAAUUGAUAUAGACAGUCGUUUUGAUAAAAAGAAUAGAGUUGAGAGAUUUUGAAAAUUAAAUAGUCACAAUGUCGUUAAGUGCUAGUGCAGAAAACUUGACGACCGAAGGUCAGUUAAGUGGUAGCGAUUCAAACAUGUGUUUGGAAAUUGCUUUAGAAGGUGAACGUCUUUGCAAAGAUGGAGAUUGCAGAACUGGAGUGGCUUUUUUUCGAGCAGCCAUUCAAGCUGGCACCGAUGAUCUAAGAACACUCAGUGCCAUUUAUAGUCAACUAGGAAAUGCCUAUUUUUAUCUUGGAGACUACGUGAUGGCUAUGCAGUAUCACAAACACGAUUUAACAUUGGCAAGAUCCAUGGGUGAUAAAUUGGGGGAAGCAAAGUCGAGUGGAAAUUUGGGAAAUACAUUGAAAGUUUUGGGUAAAUUUGAUGAAGCAAUGAUUUGUUGCAAACGUCAUUUAGAAAUAUCGAGGGAAAUUGGAGAUAAGUUAAGCGAAGGUAGAGCAUUAUAUAACUUAGGAAAUAUAUACCACGCUAAAGGUAAACAUAAUAGUAGGGAAGGACAUCAAGGUCCGGGUGAAUAUUCGGAAGAAGUUAAAGAAUGCUUGCAACAAGCCGUCAGUUAUUAUCAAGAUAAUUUAAAAUUGAUGAAGGAACUUGGUGACUCUGCAGCUCAAGGUCGCGCAUGUGGUAAUUUAGGAAACACGUAUUACUUGCUAGGUGAUUUUCAGAAGGCAAUUCAAUACCAUAAUGAUCGACUCAAAAUAGCUCGUGAAUUCGGUGAAAAAGCAGCAGAAAGAAGAGCUAAUAGCAAUUUGGGAAAUUCUCAUAUUUUUCUAGGCGAGUUUGAAAAAGCUGCCCAACAUUAUCGACGCACUUUGGUUCUGGCCCAAGAACUUGGUGACCAAGCAUUUAAAGCACAAGCUUGCUAUUCUCUAGGCAAUACGUACACACUGCUUCGGGAUUACGAUGCGGCCAUUGAAUAUCAUUUACAACAUCUCUUCAUAGCCCAACAAUUGAAAGAUAGAGUGGGAGAGGGACGGGCUUGCUGGUCUUUAGGCAAUGCUUACUCGGCAAUGGGAAAUCAUGAAAAAGCACUCUAUUACGCCAAAUUACAUUUACAGAUUUCAAGAGAACUUGGUGACGCAAUGGGCCAAGCAACUGCGCAAAUGAAUGUUGUCGAUCUUCAAAAAAUUUUGGGUAUUGAAAAAGUUGAUGACGAUAAAAAAAAUCUCAAUACAGCCUCGGUGAAUAUCAUUGCUUCAUCGCCCGGUAGAUACAGACUACGUAGGCAAAGUAUGGAUAAUUUGGAUCUCAUAAAACUCACCCCUGAUACUAAAUCAAAAGAAUCGCAAGGGACUUUCCAUGCUCGAGCUGGAAUGGCUCCGGAACCAUCGCAAAAGGAGGAAGAAGACGAAGAAAACUUCUUUGAAUUACUUUCACGAUUUCAAUCAGGGCGCAUGGAUGAUCAACGCUGCGUUCUUCGUACAAAUCAGAAGAAAAAUAUUGGAUUAAAUCAAAACAACGACAAAGAUGAAGACGAUUUAUUGCAAUUGAUAGCUGGAAUGCAGAGUAAACGAAUGGAUGAGCAGCGUGUAACAUUGCCAUACCUACCAGGAUUAAAUAUCACAAAAAGCAAAGCGUCUGUUAAAACGUCAAAUCAAUCCUUGGUUGAUGACGAUUCGUUUAUUGAAAUGUUAGCUCGGUGCCAAAGCUCUAGAUUAGAAGAUCAGCGCAGCCCACUGCCAACUUUCCCUGUUCUCAAAGAUGUCGAUGAACAAGAAUCACAAAAUAAUGAUAAUAGUCCAUCUGGAGCUACAGUUCCUGAGGAGGAUCUGUUUACCCUUAUACAGAGGCUCCAAGCAGGUCGCAUGGAAGAUCAGCGUGCUAAAGGGCCAAUUAAAAUAUAAGUUGUAAAAUUAGCAUUGUAUAUUGCGUAUACUGUCUGUAUAUUAUAAUUUCAUACAAUUGAUAAUCGGAUAUUUAGAAAAAUUAUGUUUUUAUUAAGUUUUAGCUCAUUGGACUUUAAAAACCAGACUAUAAACAAUUGUGAGCUCUUGACCCACAGUUCAAGCUCACAAAUACUUUAAUAAUAAAAACUAAGCUUUUAUUAGAUCAUAUUCGAAAGAAAAAUGAAAAAAAAAUUUAGAUAUCAAUAACCGCUCAAAUAGUUAUUACUAGAUUAAUUAAAAUGUCCCUUCCAAAAUAACUGAUUUGAGUGCUCAUAGAAAUAGAUAUUCAAUUGAAAUUGUGAUGACAAGGCUGUUAAUACACAAUUAAUUCUCUUGAUAUAAUUAAAAAAUUAUUUUUCAUUAUCAAAAUCAUUUUAACAGGAUACAAUUGUUA